AUGGAAAUUAUUGCCCUUGAACCCAAUACUUCUGAUUUCUAUGAGCCCUUGUUGUUGAUAAAUCAAGGAUCAAUCAAUACAACUGAUAGAUUCGAGAUAGGUCUCUGCUUGGUAAAAAUAGCUCCAAGAUAAGUCAAAACUGAUUUUAGUUGAAGAUUUGGGGCUGAAAUUUGCGCCAAUGGUGAAAUUGGUGUGAGUGGCGCCAAAAUUCACCAAACGAAGUAUUUUACUCCUAUUUAUUGAUUCACCAGUAGAAAAACAACGAAAUUCAUCAACCUAACUUCACCAAAAGCCGCAAAAAAACAUGUCUGCCCAACAACAUUAAGAUUUUCGAAAUUUUUCACAAUUAAAAUUUUCACUGAUUUUUGGCCAAAUUUCGACCAAUUUUUUGGCCAAUUUCUGACCAUAUUUUGGCCAAUAAAUAUUUUUGAUCAAUUUUUGGUCAAAAUUCGACCAAUUUUCGUUUUUGGUCAAAAUUUGGUCAAUUUUUGGUCAACCUCCCAGGACCAGUGUUACCUGUUAGCUCGAAAAAGGCUCUUCAUUUUGCAGAAAAACCACAUAAUCCACUAAUUAAUGCAGGCGCCAUUGUUGUUGCGUCGUUGCUCAAAAAUAAAGCCUCGCUAUCAGAUCGAUUUGAUUUUGUGAGUUUUGGUGGAUUUUCGAAAUUUGAGUCAUUUUGAUAGUAAAUUUUAUUAAAAAACGUUAAGUCUCCGGGUUUCUAUGUCAUCUUUGGUGCCGAAAUAACUCGAAUGUUUUUUGCAGAUGAUCCACCAAUGUCGAAAAUUUGUCGGAAACGGCUACAUCGGCUUCAACAACUCGGUCUUUUUGUCCGAACGAGAAACCGCAGAUCGAAAUUAUGCGUUGAGUUAUUAUAUGCGAGAGCACAAAGUUUUCCCAGACAAUACACAUUUACAAGACACACUCGAUUUAUAUUUUCAAAUUUGCUCGAUUGAAACAAAUUGUGAUUCAUUGGCUGUAAUGGCUGCCACGUUGGCAAAUGGUGGAGUAAAUCCGAUGCAUGGUGAAAGAGUUAUUGGAAAUCGGUAAGGGUGGUUGACAGAUUUGAGUGAAUAUUCGAUUGAUCCCAGAAUCAUUGAAAAUUUUGAACUUCUAACUAAUUUUCCCUUGAGUUUCAGCGCAUGUCGUGAUACAUUAUCCCUAAUGUAUUCUUGUGGAAUGUAUGAUUGGUCUGGACAAUUCGCUUUCCACGUGGGACUUCCAGCAAAAUCUGGAGUUUCUGGUGAUAUGAUAAUUGUUAUUCCAAAUGUUAUGGGUAUUGCAUUGUAUAGUCCGAGACUAGAUAAAAUGGGAAAUACAGUACGUGGUGUGAAAUUCGCUGAACAAUUGGUGCAACGAUAUAAUUUUCAUAAUUAUGAUAGCUUGGUGGGUUUUUUCAGUAGUUAGAGAAAUCAAUUAUUAAAUAAUUAUAGUUUAAUUUGAUUAAGAUAUCUUGUCUAGUUAAUAAAUAAGUAAAUAAGCUAAUUGAUUAAUUUCAGAUUUAUUCGGACAACAAAAAGAUGGAUCCUAGAAAACAAUUAAAAGAGGAAUAUGAUGGACAGAAUAAAUUUAUGUAUGCUACGAAGAUGGGCGAUAUUGCGGCGAUUAAAAGGUAUGUGAUGAGGUGUUUUUUAUAGUGCCACGUGGAUUUUUAUUCUUGAAAAACCAACCUAGGGAUAAAAGUGGGAUAAUAUUCGGAAAUUUGGUUGUUUAUGUAAAAACCCGGGAAAAUAAGUUUCAAAAGUUUCAAAUAAUAAUUCAUGUUUUAUAAAAUUUCGCUUCAUUUACUAAAAUUGGUUUAUUUUAUACUGCCUUUCCAACUAAAAAUAAAGUUGGGAACCCAAAGUUUGCUCCCUAAAAAACUCCCAAUUUUCUUUACAGAUUUCUUCUAAUGGGACACGAUAUCCACGCGAAAGACUACGAUAAUCGAUCGGUUUUACAUUUAGCUGCUGCCGAAGGUGAUUAUCAAACUUUGGAAUAUUUAUUAUCAAAAUGGAAAAAUAGUCCGGAACCAACAGAUCGAUAUGGAAGAACACCAUUAGAUGAUGCAAAAAUAUUUGAACAUUCGGAAUGUAUCAAAUUAUUGGAGGAAGCUGUUUCGAUUUAUAAUUUGAAAGAUCAGGAAGAUUAG